AUGGAUGAUGAUGAGUUUGGGGAGGAUUUUGUCGACGAGGAUUUCCUUGAGGUAUUGGAUCAGGUAUCUUCAUCCAAUAGAACCCGGCCUGUCCCGCAACCGUCAUCAAAUGAUGUGCAGUUCGAAAAUAAGACCUGGACGAAAUCGAAUUCUCUAGCAGCUGCGACACAAGAGCUCGAAGAUUUACCCUCAGAUGCUUUCUCCUCACCCGAGCCAAAAAAAUCAGCAUCUUGGAAUGCCUCAAAUGGACCUAGAGUGCAAGACGGUCUGACUAGGACUGCUUCGGGAAACUUUCGGCAAAGGACGUUAUGGGGGACGGAGGUUCGUGAAGAUGCGCCUUUCCAUACUCAAGCUCCCAUACAGAGAGUCUUUCGAGCAGACAUGCCUCACGAGGAGCCGAGUCAUCACGAAUUAGAUAGGAAGGAAAUGGAAACGUGGGUCUACCCAACAAAUCUAGGCGCGAUUCGAGAUUACCAGUUCAGCAUUGUUAAGAACAGCCUGUUUAACAACACCCUCGUUGCUUUGCCUACAGGCUUGGGCAAAACAUUCAUUGCCGCAACAGUCAUGCUCAACUUUUAUCGAUGGACAAGAUCAGCCAAGAUCGUUUUUGUGGCCCCUACGAAGCCUCUGGCCGCCCAACAAAUAGACGCCUGCUACAACAUCGUCGGCAUCCCGCGAUCACAUACGACCUUGCUGACGGGAGAUAUUCAGCCAGCUCUGAGAGCCGAUGAGUGGGAAAAGAGGCGCGUAUUUUUUAUGACACCACAAACGCUACUCAAUGAUCUCUCUCAUGGGUAUGCGGAGCCUAAAAGCAUCGCCCUUCUUGUGAUUGACGAGGCCCAUCGUGCUGUUGGCGAAUACGCAUAUGCAAAAGUUACAAAACUUAUUAGAAGGUUCUCCAAGAGUUUCCGAGUUCUGGCCUUGACCGCAACGCCAGGCUCAAAAAUUGAGACGGUCCAAGAAGUUAUUGACAACCUGGGCAUUUCACACUGCGAAAUCAGAACAGAAGAUUCGAUUGACAUCAGGCAGUAUGUCCACCAAAGAAAUGUCGAAAAAAUGGUUCUUGAACCAUCGGAUGAAAUGAACCUUGUCAGCGAGCUGUUCACAGAAGCAUUGAAACCGCUUGUCGACAAACUUGGCUCUCAGAAUACUUAUUAUGGUCGAAACCCAAUGGCAAUGACUACGUAUGGGUUGAUGCAAGCUCAGAAAGAAUGGUUCGCAACUCGAGGCCGGCAUGCAAAUCAGGGCGUCCAGUUCAUGAUGCGGGCAAUCUUUGGUGUGCUGACUAGUCUGGCACACUCGAUAAAACUACUUAAUUUUCACGGGAUUAAGCCAUUUUAUGAUAAUAUGAAAGACUUUAGAAGCGAGCAGGAAGGCAAGGGCGAAAAAGGAUCGAAAUACAAGCGGCAACUCAUCGAGCAUUCCAGUUUUCAGAAAAUGAUGGACCACAUCUCGCGAUGGCUGAGAGCAGACGGCUUUGUUGGCCAUCCCAAACUUGCGGCGUUGGUAGACUGCGUUCUGAACCAUUUCAUGGACCAAGGAGAAGGCUCGGCUACCCGAGUGAUCGUAUUCAGCGAGUAUCGGGAUUCAGCAGAAGAUAUAGUGUGCCAACUUAAUAAGCACCAACCGCUUCUCAAGGCUAGCGUCUUUGUGGGACAAGCGGACGGAAAACGAGGGGAAGGGAUGAAACAAGCACAACAGAUCCAGACUAUUGAAAAGUUCAGAAAGGGCGAAUUCAAUGUACUAGUGGCCACCUCCAUCGGUGAAGAAGGACUGGACAUUGGCCAAGUCGAUCUUAUUGUUUGCUACGACUCAUCCGCUUCGCCAAUUCGGAUGUUGCAGAGAAUGGGCCGAACUGGACGAAAGAGGGCAGGGAAUAUUGUUCUGCUACUAAUGAGAGGAAAAGAGGAAGAUCAAUUUGCCAAAUCCAAGGACAGCUAUGAGAAUAUGCAAAAACUUAUAUGCGAAGGAAGCCGAUUCAACUUUCGAUUUGACCUGUCAACAAGAAUCGUUCCCCGGGAAAUUAGACCAGAGGUGGCCAAGAAGUUUGUGGAGAUACCUAUUGAAAACACGCAGGACCGAUCUCUACCAGAGCCAAAGAAACGUCGCACUGCUGCCGGAAAGAAGAAACCACCCAAAAAGUUUCACAUGCCUGAUGGGGUGGAAACUGGGUUUCGAAAAUUGUCGUACUAUAUGAAAAGUGGCUCAGAGCUAGAACCAUCGAGACCUAAACAGAACCUAGAGUUAAAUGACCUAGAGAGCAUUCCGGAUUUGAGUAGUGUGGUUCUGACCGAGGAGGAGCUUAAGGAGCUCGACAGAUCUUACCGCGACCUACCUUUCAAUCAUAGCGUGGUUGAAGAAACAGACAUGCCUAGUGUGACUGCAUAUCCCCUUUUUCAGAGGCAGUUGCGGCCAGUGGCAAACCUGAAACAUGGCACUUGCACUCGACGCUUUGUCAAGCUCUUGGCAAAGAUGGGCACUGAGCCCGAGAGCCUCGUCAGACAAUGCCGGUCGACGGAUACCAGCCGCUUUCAAGAUAUAGCGGUGAGACCUUUUGUUGAAUCUGACGGAGAAUCAGAAGAGGACGAUACCUCUGACUCAGUAACAAAGAAGCGAUCGACUCGCCAGCGCUCUGUGGGGGCGGAUCAUGAAGAAUCACAGCCUUCAAGAGGCAAGAGAAGGAAGAUUUCGACAACUUCUAUCCCUGGACCGUCAGAACUAGAAGAUGAUACAGAGGCCCCGGCAAUGAAUGGCGGGGCUCGCAAGAGGACCAAGAAGCCGAAGAGUAAACGAAAGGGAAGAAAAACGAAACAAAGAACCGGCAUCAAUAGCGAUGAACUUGGUGACGAUUGUGAGCGGGAUAGUGAUUUGAUAGAAAGUAGCGGAUCAGAUGAUGGAGCGGAUCUCUUGGACUUUGUUGUGGCAGAUCGUCAAACGACAUCAAGCAUGGUCGGAUCGCAGGUCACAUCACCAACGACGGCGUCAGCACAAAGUACGCCCAAGGCGAAAUCAAAGCAGCCGUUUUACGUUCCUACACGCUUCUCAGCAACACAGGAAAGCGACGACAUGCCCGACGUCAACACGCUUGUUGGGAGAAAAUCAUUUGAGAAGGUCAUUUCAAUGGACGCAUCAGAUUCAGAUCUUGAGCACCUGGCUGCAAAACGCCCUGCCCGUGGCAGAAGACAAGUAAUCGACAGUGACAGUGAAGCAUAA